CAAAGCUGCAGCUUAGCAGAUAGAGAGGAGGGUGGAUCCAGGAGUGUGCACCAACAGCCUGAGAGGCGGGUAAAGUUGGGUGAAGGGUGGGCAGAGAUCCUGGAUUGUCUGAAGGCAGCCCAUAAGGAAGGGGACAUUUAAAGGGAAAAGGUGCUGGAGAGAUGGAUGCCAGGCCUGCAGAAGGAGAAGGAGAAGGGCUUCCUCUUCUGAGAUGAGAGGAUGGAGGCUGGGGCUGGUGAACUCAGAUGGGGAUCUGGGCAGGAGCCUGACGAACAAAUGAGAGCAGCUUCUGUCACUGAAGUAUGCAUGGGAUCCCCCGUUCUUCUCCAAAGCCUUUCUCUAUGGGUGGAGAUCAUGUCCAAUCAGCUCAUGUGCAUGCUGAAGUUUCUCCGAGGAUCUACCAACCAGAGGAUGUGCGCUCUGUUCGCUGUUACUUUCAAGCUCAUGUUCCUCGUCUCCAUCAUGGUCUACUGGAUGGCAGAAUCCAAAUACAAGGACCAGCUACACAGCUUGCCUCUAGAGGUUAAGUGCCCCCUUGUCCUUUCUUCACCUCCUCCUCUCAUCCUGGGUGAGCCCCCUACCCCUCCAGGGGACAUCUUCUUUGUGGAAACCUCUGAUCGGACCAAUCCAAGCUUCCUCUUCAUGUGCUCGGUGGAGUCAGCCUCCAGGACUCACCCUGGUACCAGGAUUAUUGUCCUUAUGAAGGGACUGGUUGGUAGGAACUCCACCCUACCCAAGCACCUGGGCAUCUCUCUGCUGAGCUGUUUCUCCAAUGUGGAAUUCCAGCCACUGGACCUGAUUGAACUUUUUGAGGGCACCCCUUUAGCCAGCUGGUACAGCUCCCUUCACCAAAGAUGGCAGCCAUACCUUCUCCCCAUCCUUUCAGAUGCUGCUAGAAUAGCCAUCAUGUGGAAGUUUGGGGGGAUUUAUUUGGACACAGACUUCAUUGUCCUUAAAAAUUUGAAGAACUUCACCAAUGUCCUGGGCACUCAGUCCAAGUAUGUGCUGAAUGGGGCCUUCCUCGCCUUUGAGCCCAGGCACAAGUUCAUCCAGCUCUGCAUGCAGGACUUUGUGGAUCAUUAUAAUGGCUGGAUCUGGGGCCACCAAGGCCCCCAGCUCUUGACCCGCGUCUUCAAAGAGUGGUGUGGGAGUAGGAGCCUCCAGGAUCGCCAAAGCUGCAAAGGGGUCCAGGCCCUGCCCCGAGAAGCCUUCUACCCUAUCACAUGGCAGAACUGGAAGAAGUACUUUGAAGCCAUCAACUUACAGGAAUACGAGACACUGCUGAGUAAGACCUAUGCGGUCCACAUAUGGAAUACAAAGAGCCAGAGCGUCAGCUUUGAGGUCACUUCCGAGGUGCUGCUAGCAAGGCUGUAUUCCCAACACUGCCCUAUGACAUCAGAGGUCAUGAAAAUGUAUCUCUGAAGAGCUGAGGUGGACUCCAGACUCCCUGCCCUCUCAAAAAAGCAUUGGCUCGACACUAUCCACCAUCUUUACAAAAAAGGAGCACCUGGGAUGGAAGGCCCAUUCUGGCUAAAGAACCUGUGAUCUUCUGUGGGUAGAGAGUUCUGACUGGGCUGAAGGCGGGAAGUGUCGGACGGUCCUCCCAGAGUGUCUGCUCUACAUGUUCUGAGGUGGUAGCCAUCCACCAGUUAGGACUGUGGGCAUCCAAAAGAACAGAAUGGGGGGGAAAGGCCAUCAGCCUCGAGGCAAGGGAGGUGUUUGUCACCAGAGACCAGAGAAUGGAUGCUGGGAUGGAGACUUCAGGGCAAAUGAGGCAGAAAGUACCCAAAGCAGGAAGACGUUUUUGAUAAGACAAGAGGGAGAAAAGGUUGUUCAUGAAGUCCAGGAGGCCCAAAGUUUCUGGGUGGGGGGGAGUUCUUUCCACUCCCCCAGGUCUCUCUCAAUAUUGAGAUGAACGUGACUUCUUCAGCUCUUUGAAGACUGGAAGCAGGAGCUCAUAUGUUGGGGGCUUGAGCUUUGGAGAACCUCAGGGGGAAAAGCUCUCUGUCUUCUCCCCUAUCCUCCUCCCACCCCACUUUGUCCCUUUCAGGAAUGGACCUGAAUCAACCAUCAUGGGGUCAGCCACUGACUUGGGGGGGUGUCUUGAGAAAGGCAUUGAGAGGAGACUGAGAAAACCCCUAAAAUAUUCCCUCUCUCUGUUCCCCCUCCCCACAUAUCAGGUAAGACCAGGAGGGGAAAUAUAAUAAUACCAACACAUCUUUUGACAUGGUUCCAAAUUGUGUUAUGUCCAUGAUCUCAUUAGAGCCUCCAGAUCAGUCAGGGAGGCCAGUGCUUUAUUAGCCUGAUUUCACAUGGAAGGAAAGCAGGGUUGGAGGGUUAUGUGUCACUUGUCUGGGGUCAUAGAACUAAUAAGUGCCUGAGGCAGAAUUUGAACCCAGGUCUUCCUUCCUCCAAGUCCAGUGCUCUUUCUGCUAGAGAGACACUACAGACGUUAGCCUCCUGGUAGGGGUGUUGUUACAGGAUGCUGGCACCCUUCUUGCUAGGAGGCUCCCUAAGCUUGGUAGAUGUUUCCCCCCAACUUCACUCUCAGAUCUUCCCGGAAGCUCACUGAGUAAAACCAGCCUCGUGUCCCCCAGGGGCCCACUCACUCUGCUAGAUUCAAAGAAAAGGCUGGAUCAAACCCAGGGCAUCCUGAGAAGUCUCCACCUCAGCAGAUUGUCUGAGCAGACAAAGGUUGGUCGGCUAGAAGGAAGUGCCAUUCCCCUGGAUCUUGCUGGGAACAGUGACUUUUGGAAACAUUUCCUUAUUUGGCAUUCUCAGUCCGGAAGUGGCUCUCUAAUAGUCAAGCACUCAUGUAAGUGUCCUUGAAUGCCUGGAUGAGAGGCUGGGGUGCAGCCAUUGUGCCUACCUGGCUGGUCUCUAAGCUUGCAGUGGGAAUGAGGCCAGCAAAGCCCCCUAGCCUCCUGAACCAUCUGCCCAUGGUCUUCACCAGGGGCUUCUCAAGAAGAUUUCUCCAUGCUGUCCCUGAGUCUCCUUUCUAACUUCCUGUUUUAAAAUUUUAUUUCUAUUUACAUUUUAAUAGAUGCCUUUUGCUUUUUAAUGAUAGGCAAAUAGGAGGGAGACAGAUUGCUGAUCUGGGGACUAGGAACUAUCCCCUCUCUUAUGCUGGCUGUGUGACCCUGGGCAAGUCAUUUUAAUUAACCCCUCAGUGCCUGUAUCCUACCCCAAACUCUGUAAGUGGCAGAGGGUCACUGUGCAUUGCCUUGUCCAGGACUUCCUAUGCCAAGGAAUUCAUGCAUCUGGCCCCUAUCAUCCAUCCUGGGUUCUGCAUUCUUCAUUGGCUGUUUUUCCCAAUCUUUCCCUCUUUUCCUUUCUCCUUUCCCUCUCCCAGAAAGCCACCCCUUAUAACCAGGAAUGAAAAAGAAAGAAGAAAAAACUACUAGUAAAACAAAACCAGCACACACCAAUCAGGUCUGAUUUUUCUAUUUCCUCCUGAUCUACACCGAGGGUCUCCUGUGCCCUGCAGCACCCACCCUGUGAGAAGCUAAGGAUGCCCUGCUGUGACCUUGCCUGCCCUCUAGCUUCCAGGGGUCUCUCCUGAGGGGUGACUGUCAGGUUCUUUGGGGGCUGAGCUUGGCCUUUCCUGUCCCAAUUCCCAAUUCUGAAUGUCCCAGCUGUGUUAGUGUGUUAGAGAGAGAGAGAGAGAGAGAGAGAGAGAGAGA